AAGGAUACCGAAUUCCAAAGACCAAAAUCAUCUGCGUCCCUUCUCUCCAAAAAACAGAAAAUUCAGUGUUUAACGGUUAUCUGAUCCAAACUGAACUCCUUAGUAAUACUGUUUGAAUAUAUCAGUGUUUUACAUUUGUCCUGUUCGUAAUUCUGAGCUUGCUAAGAAAGUAUGUAAGACAUUUUUUCCUCUUACAUUCUUCCAUUUUCCAGUUUUCUCUAUCGACAAUGUUGUGUUAAUUCAGUGAAAUAAAUAUGAAUACCGGAGAGGGAAACUUGUUUCUUUAUUGUAAAUGGAGUGCAGAGAGAGGUGCAUUUUUCUCUGUUGCAAAUCAUUCACCUGAAUCACGAGGAGUCAAUUCUAAGAAGUCUUCUUUUGGUAGCUUACAAGUUAACUCCAAUUCUCCUCGGAGGACCGUUCUCAAUCAGUUACCUGAUUGGAGCACUGCCAUCACUACAGCUUCUUUGGCGCAACGGAUGAUGCUUGAUUGGAAGCACAAGCACAAUGACACUUUUGGACUGGGAAAGCUCAUCCAAGAUGGCUUUGUUUUUCGUCAAAGUUUCAUCAUCAGGUCUUAUGAAGUAGGACCUGGUAGGGCCGCAUCUAUACAUACCAUGAUGAAUCAUUUGCAGGAAACCGCUCUAAACCACGCAAAGUGUAUAGUACUCAUGGAUGCUAGAUUUGGUUCAACUCCAGAAAUGUCCAAGAGAAAUUUGAUUUGGGUAGUAGCAAAGAUGCAGGUUUUGGUGGAUCGCUAUCCUACUUGGGGCGAUGUUGUUCAAAUAGACACGUGGGUAGCUGCUUCAGGGAAGAAUGGUAUGCGGCGUGAUUGGCUUGUCUGUGAUAGUAAUACUGGGGAUAUAUUGAUGAGAGCUUCCAGCUUAUGGGUGACGAUGAAUAAAGAAACAAGGAAAUUAUCUAAAAUGCCAGAUAAGGUUCGAACUGAAAUUGAAGGUGUUUUUGUGGAUUCGCCUCCGCUUCUUGAUGGGGACAGCAGGAAGUUACCAAAACUUGAUGAGACGACAGCAGACAACACUCGUACUGGUUUAUCUCCAGGAUGGAGCGAUUUAGAUGUGAACCAGCACGUUAAUAAUGUCAAGUACAUUGGCUGGAUUCUUGAGAGCGUACCCAUUCAAAUACUGGAGGGUUAUGAGCUUGCUGGGAUGACGUUGGAGUACCGACGGGGA